AAGUACCAAGUAAGUAGUAAGUAGUAACUAGUGGCCGAGGGAUUGAGAAGCACCCUCUUGGACUCUGUGCUAUCCCCGUAAGGUCACACUGACUUUGACUGGGUACAAUGGGUCGGUGCCGAGCUGCUUCGCGCCCUGCGGACGAUGAUCCCAACCUAAGAUCCAAGAAAAAAAAGGCUGCUUUGAAUGUAGAGAAUUUAGACACUUCAUCCCCAGAUGUGGCAGCUCAAGGAGUAACUGAUGGGAAAGGAGCUUUAUACCACUGCAAUUAUUGCAACAAAGAUAUUUCAGGGAUGAUUCGCAUUAAGUGUGCUGUAUGUCAAGAUUUUGAUCUCUGCAUAGAGUGUUUCUCUGUUGGGGCUGAAGUGACACCUCACAAAAGCAAUCAUCCAUAUAUGAUUAUGGAUAAUCUAUCUUUUCCCCUUAUAACUCCAGAUUGGAAUGCAGAUGAAGAGAUGUUACUUUUAGAGGGCAUUGAGAUGUAUGGAUUUGGGAAUUGGAAUGAAGUUGCUGAGUAUGUUGGGACAAAAAGCAAAUCUCAAUGUAUUGACCAUUAUAAUGCUAUAUAUAUGAAUUCACCGUGCUUUCCUCUCCCUGAUUUGUCACAUGUUAUGGGAAAAAACAAAGAGGAACUUCUUGAGAUGGCAAAGGGACAUGAAGUCAAGAAAGAAUGCCCGGCAACUGCAAAGCUUACUCUGAAAGAAGAACCUCCCUUGUCUGAGGGAAUAAACUCUGAAGAAUCUAAUAGGGCAGAAGUCACUAAUCCAACAUCUAUGUUAACCUCAGUAUGUGGCAAAACUUACUCAAGUACGAUUAAGAAGGCUUCCAAUGUGAGCCAGAAUGCAGAUGGAGUUAAGGUGGAAGAAUAUCAAUCAGAUCGGAGCAUUGGAGAGAAGAAACCGAAGUUAUCUGGCAAAGUUGAGCCUUCUAUGACCGAGUUGAGUGGAUACAGUUUUAAGAGAGAGGAAUUCGAAAUUGAAUAUGACAAUGAUGCAGAGCAAGUAUUAGCAGAUAUGGAAUUUAAGGACAUCGAUACUGAGUCUGAACGUGAAAUGAAACUGCAUGUGCUCCGUAUUUAUUCAAGAAGAUUAGAUGAGCGGAAGCGCAGAAAGAAUUUUAUACUUGAAAGAAAUUUACUUUAUCCUGAUCCAUUUGAGAAAAGUCUCUCUCCUGAGGAGGUUGAAAUAUGUCAGCGCUAUAAGGUCUUCACACGGUUUCACUCGAAAGAAGAGCAUAUGGAGUUGCUCAAAAAUAUUAUUGAAGAACACAGGCUUAUCAAAAGAAUACAGGAUUUGCAGGAAGCACAUACUGCUGGCUAUCAAACAUCUACAGAGGCUUACAAAUUUAUCGAACAGAAGAAAAAAGAAGCGGAAUGUGUUGUUAAAGAAAAUAAUCAUAUUGGUGUUGGUGCUAAGAUAUUACCAAGACCGAAUUAUCUCAAAGGAGAACUUGAUAGCAACUCACUGGGUCUUCAUAAGGAUAUUACAGCUCCACUUUCUGGGGUGAAGUAUCCAGCUGCGGCCAUACAGGAUAUAUCAAGAUCUCUAGAAGAAUGGGAUAUUAGUGGAUUCGCCGGGUCUGAACUGCUGUCUGAAUCUGAGAUAAAUCUUUGUAAUGAGAUCAGAAUACUACCAUCACACUAUUUCAAAAUGCAGAAUGUCUUAUCAUCAGAAAUUUCAAAAGGCAACAUAUCGAAGAAAUGUGAUGCGCAUAGGUUGUUCAAGGUCGAGCCAAGCAAGGUUGAUAGAGUUUAUGAUAUGCUUAUAAAAAAGGGGAUUGCUUCUUCAAAUUGAAACUUAAAUAGUCAUAUUUGCACAUAUAUGUAAUAGUUUGGAAUAUAAAUAUGUUCAAGCACUACAUGUUCAGUGUAAACAAAGCACGGGUUAACUUAUUUC